GAGAGAGGUGAAUUUAAAGAAUGUUCCAUUAGAGUUCAGUUCAGUUUUACCCAAACACUGCUGCUAUUCAACUGCAUUUAAAGAGAUGAGAAAUCUCACAUAAGACUUUAUGUACUUGAUUCAGACUGAAGGAUUCAUCUGUGUUUCUUUAAGGACGUAAGGGACGUUUUGAACUUUUUUACAGAAGGUGAUUUUGGAGAGAACGGACAAUUAGCUCGAUUUGUCUGAAAAGAAAAACUGGAUUUACGUCCGAUUUCACCCACGUGGAUUACACCCGAAGGGCCGAUGAAUGGCAAGAUGAGUCUUUCCCGUAACGGGACCCUGGAGAAACCUGUCGCCCAGCAGCCACCCUCUGAACGGGGGGAGCCUGAAUCCCCUCACCCUCGUCUUCACACUGGCUCCAUCUCCUCAAGCACUCCAGUAAAUGCCUCCAGCUCAGGGGUGGUGGUUCCUCCUCCAUACUCGAUAGCAGGCAGUGCUGUGAAUGAUCCUCCUCUGGAGCUGAGAGGCUCUUUGGACUGUUGGGCUUGUUCGGUUCUGGUGACGGCUCAGAAUCUGAUCAUCGCUACGGUCAACAUCGGUCUGGCUGGAAUUGUCUUUGGAGUCAUCCUCUUGCCGUCACUUGUCAUGGUUGUUUUUGGCUUCCUUUGCCAUUCGACGGUUCAGCGGCAUGGCAAUUCCACCUACUGUUCAGAUCUCUUGGAUGAUGGAGGCUGUGUGGCUUUGCUGGUUGUGGGCUUUCUACUGCUGGCACCACUUCUGGUUCUAGCACUCGCCGCUUACUGCAGGAUGGCACGACACCUCCAGCUGGGCCUUUGCUUUAUCCCCUACAGUCGAGCCGUCUACAAGAACCUCCCUGCAUCACGUCAUCGAGGCUUAGGGGGCUGCUGUGGCCAGCAGGGGUCAGGAGAGAGCGAUGGAAAGGGAAGUGUUUGGGUCUGA